CUAUCAGCUCGCCAUCUUUACGUCCCGUGACUGCUUGGCAUCAGCGAAGCACGCCGUUUCCUCGAAUUGUGGCUGUAGCCAUGGUGGGAUCGCCAAGGGACCGCCAAGGGGCCAUGUUCGCUACUGACGGCCUCCGUCCGAUGAGGUCCUGGAUGCGGUGGGCCGUUCUGGGAGCUUCGCCAGUUCCAGUCCAGAGUAUAAAACCCAGGACCCCGGGAUCCCGCACGCCUGGCCUGCGUUCCUCAGCCUCAUCCAGUGGCCUAUAAUAAAACGACCUCGAAAUGGGACUUCCGAACGAUGAACGCGAUGAUACGAUAGAAACGAGGGCCGGCAUUGUCAACAUUGAUGACAAUGACAAUGACGCCGCCUCCACCGCCCCCACCGAUCCCGACGUCCGCGACCUGGCCGAUCAAGAAAAGGCCCAGCGAAUUGAACAUGAGGAUCUAAAUCGAAACAACAAACAGACAUACAGGGGCAUCCUUCUCCUCUGGCUCGCCUGGCAGAGCACCGGUGUCGUUUAUGGCGAUAUUGGCACCAGCCCCCUCUACGUCUUCAGCUCAACCUUUACCAAGCAGCCUUCGUGGGAUGACCUAGUUGGAGCUUUGUCCAUCAUCAUCUGGUCUCUCACCCUUAUCGUCACUGUCAAGUAUUGCUUCAUUGUGCUCUCGGCCGAUGACGAUGGCCAGGGCGGCACCUUUGCCGUCUAUUCGCUUCUUGCCCGCUACGCCAACAUUGUCGGCACCGAUCCCAAUUAUCCCGAUAGGAUCAUGGUCCGUUUGGAGCGGGAGAUAGGAUCAGCCGAGCUACCGCCCGCCGGUAGGAUAGUCCGAGACUUCCUAGAGAGAAGCAGAGCAGCCAAGGCAAUCCUAAAGAUUGUCGGCGUGCUAGGCGUAUCCAUGGUUGUCGCAGAUAGCGUUCUCACCCCAGCUCAGUCCGUCUUGGGUGCUAUCCAAGGAAUCCAAGUCGUCAGACCGGAUUUGGGACGAAGCGCCAUUGUCGGCAUCUCGUGUGGAAUCCUGGUCCUCCUCUUUCUGCUUCAACCACUCGGCACGUCCAAGAUUGGUACGGCAUUCGCUCCCGUCGUCGUGAUAUGGCUCCUGUACAACAUGGGCAUUGGCAUCUACAACCUUGUCCUGUAUGACCACACUGUGCUCAAGGCGUUUAGCCCUCACUAUUGUUUCACAUACCUUAUUCGAAAUGGCGACGAGGGCUGGAAAUCUCUCGGUGGUCUUCUCCUCGCCUUCACUGGAGUUGAGUCGCUCUUUGCAGACCUUGGAGCCUUUGGCCAACGUGCUAUCCAACUUUCCUGGCUGUGUUUGGCAUUCCCGUGCUUGCUCAUCACUUACGCAGGCCAGGCCGCCUACAUCUCGCGAGAUGAGACCGGCAACGCCUUCACGAACCCUUUCUUUUAUACCCUGCCUGGCGGAACGUUCUACUUCAGCAUUGUCAUUGCUGUGCUAGCUGCAAUUGUUGCAAGCCAAGCCUUGAUUACGAGUUCCUUCCAACUCAUUUCGCAGUUGAUGAGGUUGAGCUACUUUCCCCACAUCAAGACUGUCCACACCAGCCGUCGAUUCCAUGAUCAAAUCUACAUGCCCUUUGCGAACUGGCUCCUUAUGAUUGGAACUGUCAUAGUUACCGCCGUGUACAACAACACAACUAGCCUUGGUCAUGCCUAUGGCGCAUGUGUCAUAAUCGUCACCUUCAUUACAACUUGCUUGGUGUCUUUGGUAGCACUCAUCAUCUGGCGCGUCCAAUCAUUGAUCGUCCUAUUCGUGUUCCUAGUCUUCAUCCUGCUUGAUGGAGUAUAUUUGUCAGCAGCACUGAACAAGGUACCGGAUGGCGCCUGGUUUGCCCUCGUGCUGUCGUUCAUUCUUUCCACCAUCUUCAUCCUCUGGAGAUGGGGCAAGGAGCAACAAUGGAAGGCAGAAAUGAAGGAUUUAGUCGACCCCUCCGAUCUGCUUCUAAUGUCCCGCAACAAUUCUGUUUCUACGGAUAACAAUAGCCCACUCCGUCUGAGGCUCGUACCUGAGUUUGGAGGUGGUUGUGUUACCGCAGCAUCGGGUCUCGGCAUAUUUUUCGACAAAGUUGGUGGAAGUGGUGACCAUAUCCCCAAAGUAUUCACACAGUUCAUUCGCAAAUUCCAGACACGACCACAAGUCAUCGUCUUCUUCCACAUGCGCUCUCUUUCGCAGCCGACGGUGCCAAUCGACCAACGGUUCGUCAUUGCCCGCGUCACCUCCAAAAUUCCGUCCUGCUACCGGAUUGCUCUACGUCAUGGAUACAUGGACGAUAUCCUUACACCAAAUCUAGCGCGGAUCAUCGUGGCGGAACUCAUGAUGUUCAUCACGCGGGGGGCUCCUGAUGGGAACGAGGACGCGAUGCCACCGGAUGUGCGUGAGGAGCUAGAAGCUCUUCGUGCCGCACGAGACGCCCAGACAGUAUAUCUCAUGGGGAAACAGACAAUGAGAGUGCAGCGGAGACCGAAAAUAACGGUUGGAAACCUCGCUCGACGAGUAGCAUUGGAGUCUUUCUUGUGGAUCCGGGAGAAUUCCCGUACCAAAUUGGCCAACCUCGACAUCGACCCCGAUGACUUGGUUGAGGUGGGCUUUGUAAAGGAAAUAUGAAAGGUAGGAGAAUACUGUAUACAUCAGGGACAGACAGGCAUAAGGAUAAUU